AUGGACUUCCUUUCCGAGUUCAGCGCGCCCACGGUGGCGAUGGCAUCGGCCCUGACUGCAGCUGCGGGUGCUUAUCUGAAUGCCAAAUAUUCUAUAUCUACAGACCUCACUUCCAUACAUCAUGAUCGGUCAUGGAAGAGUCGCCUGGAGCAGCGCAUCGGGCAGCUUGGGGACACACCUACGAUCUACCGGAUGCUUGAACGGACGAUCGCGGUGGACGGCAAUGGCGCGGCCCAAGCGAUCUGGUUCGAAAACAAAACAUGGACUUAUUCCCAGUUGAAGGACCUUGUGGAUCGGUUUGCCGCUUUGCUUCACUCAAAAGGCAUCAAGAAGGGGGACUUUGUUGGGGUCUUCACCAUCAACUCGCCUGAGAUGGUGGUGACUAUCUAUGCGCUUGCUAAACUUGGUGCCGUGGCGUCGCUACUCAACACAAAUCUGCGGGACGACACCUUUAUCCACUGCCUGAAUGUCUCCCGCUCAAAGUUCAUGAUCUCAACCCCCGAUCUGUCUCAAGAUGUGCGAUCCGACCUGCCGCACAUUGCGCUCAACCUGUCCUCCUUCGACGGCGUCUCCGCCGGAACGAUAGAAACCGUCACGGCUGCCGACCUACAGCGAUACGCGCCCACCGACGUGACUGCCGCGACAGGAUCUCCCGCUGAUCUGACCGUUCUCAUCUACACCUCUGGAACGACGGGAAAGCCCAAAGCCUGUGCGAUACGCAACUUUAUGUCCCUGGUUACAUCUACUCCACUUACCCCUGACGUGAGCGACCCCGCAAAGUACUACCCAGUGCGCAUCUACUCGGCUCUUCCUCUUUUCCACGGGACCGCCUACUUCACGGGCCUGUGCUACUCCGUCGGCACCGGAGGCACGCUAUGUCUGCGACGCAAAUUCUCAGCCUCCCAAUUCUGGAAAGACGUGCACGACUCCCAAGCGACGCGCAUAUUGUAUAUCGGCGAGCUGUGCAGAUAUCUCCUGGCCACACCACCCUCGCCGUACGACAAGGAUCACUCCUGCAUCGUAGCGGCCGGCAAUGGGCUGCGUGAGGAGAUCUGGGAGCGUUUCCGCCAGCGGUUCGCGGUUCCCGAGAUCCGCGAGUUUUACCGAUCCACAGAAGGCAUCACGAAGUUUGAUAACUUUGGAGUUGGCGCCUGGGGCGCCGGGAAGAUUGGGUUCUCGGGCCCCAUCAAGCGGUACUUUGAGGACGACAUGUUUAUCGUCAAGUACGACACCGAGACAGAAAUGCCUUAUCGGAGCCCAGCCACCGGCUUCUGCGUUCAGGCCCAGCCGGGAGAGGAGGGGGAGGCCAUUGGGCGGGUCCGGAGCCGUGCGCUCCUCACUGAGUAUCUGCACGAUGAGAAUUCGACUGAGAAGAAGUUGCUUCGCGAUGUCUUCCAGAAAGGCGAUAUCUUCCAGCGUACGGGCGACCUGAUGGUCCGAGACGAGUCCGGUUGGCUGAAGUUCCAGGAUCGGGUUGGAGAUACGUUUCGCUGGAAGGGAGAGAAUGUCAGCGCUGGAGAAGUCCGGGAUCAUAUUUGCCGGAUUGAAUCCGUCCACGAUGCUGUUGUGUACGGUGUGAAAUUGGGAGGGUAUGACGGCCAAGCGGGUGCUGCGGGAAUCACGCUUGACAACCCUUCUGCUGAAGAUGGAUUCAUGUCCAGCCUCUACCUCAGAUUAAAGAAGAAGGGUGUCCCAUCCUAUGCCUUUCCUCGUCUUGUCCGGCUCACUGAGAAAGUGGCCACCGGUGUAACCUUCAAACAAGCAAAGGGCGACUUAGCCAAGAAAGGCUGGAAUCCUCAAGGAGAUUGGAAUGGGGACAAACUAUACUGGCUAAAUGGGAAAUCCUAUGAGCCGCUCGACUCACAGAGCUGGGCGUCGAUUGAAAACGGGAAGGCCAAAUUAUGA